GUUGCAACAAUGAGGAAGUUUGCAAGAUGUGCUGGUACACCCCGAUGCCCUUCAUGAAUGGCAGUGUAGUGAUGGAUGUGAUGGUGACCAGCAAUAACCUUGGCCUCCCUGUCGAAAGUAAGAGAUUCUCUAUCAAUGUCAACGGAUUCAUGAGACUGAAUCAAAACAGACCUACAUUCAGGAUUGGAACGAAGCUGACUGCCUUGAACUCCUUCCUGUCUCUGAGAGACCCAUCACGUCCCUUGUGGCAUACUUACACACGAGCCCCUGUGCUCAUCCUUGGUGACAUCCCAGGAAACAAGAUUGUCCUUCUGUCAGACACAGGGUUUGAGGAUUACUUUUCAAUAGAG